ACUGCCUCAGUUACCACCUAGGGUCCAAAUGGAACAGUUAAAUUGGCAACGACCAUUAGAUGCAAGAGAAGACGCACCGGAAGUGCUGGUUCACUUCCGAUGUAAACAAAGCAGCGCGGUCCCUUUAAGGAAAACGGUCGCGUAUUUCCGGCUUGUUAUGUUUUGCUAAGCAUCGAUGGUAAUUCAUUUCGACGACAACUUUUAAAAAGAUAAGGCACCAGUUGUUUCUAAAAGUGCUGGCGAAAUAAUUUAGAAACUAUCGCAGCGUGGUUAACGUGUUUUUUGGGACACAGCACGAUGGCAGGGAUAAAAAGAAAGAUGACAGUAGCAACAGCAGGAAAAACCCCAAGUAAACACACAAAGCAAAAACAUGCCAAACUAAAGGAUCAAAAUGACGUUACAGAACAACAGGAGAAAAGUCAUUAUUUCAGUGAAAAGAAUCGGCAGCAGCGACUGGGAGAAGAGUUUUUCCAACAGCCUUGUAUCAGUUUAGCCAAAGCGCUUCUGGGAAAGGUGUUGGUGCGCAGGUGUGCAGAGGGUGAGCUGCGAGGAAGAAUUGUUGAGACUGAAUCUUACCUUGGAGGCGAGGACAAAGCUUCUCACUCAGCCGGAGGCAAACGCACUGAAAGGAACACUGCCAUGUUCAUGAAGCCGGGCACGAUUUAUGUGUAUCCAAUUUACGGCAUCUACCUCUGUAUGAACGUGUCUAGUGAAGGGGAGGGGGCUGCUGUGUUGCUGCGCUCCGCUGAGCCCCUGCAGGGUCACUCCAUCAUGGAACAGCUGAGGUCAGCUAGGCGAAAAACAGAAGGACGAAAACUUAAGGACAGAGAACUCUGCAACGGGCCCUCCAAACUGUGCCAGGCUCUGAACAUAACCCGUUGUCUUGACCGUAGAGACCUUGCCUCAGAUCCAGAGGUAUGGCUGGAGGAGGACCCCAACGCCAGUCCUGUAGACCCUGAAAAUAUCGUGUCCGCAGCGCGGGUCGGAAUCGAGUCUCACGGUGAAUGGGCCAAGAAGCCGUGGCGGUUUUAUCUUCGUGGUCAUCCUUGUGUCAGCGUGGUGAACAAAGAAGCGGAAAGAAAGCAGGAAUCUGUAAACGAAAUGAAUGACACGCAUCCGUCAGAUUUGAGUAGGAACAGCGAACGCACAACUGUCAAUGUGACGUGAUGGGUGUAUUACUGUAUCUACAAUGUGUUUGUUUGUGGACUUUAUUACCAGACUGUCCAACAGCCUUGUAUUUUUAAAAUAUUCUCAAUUCAAUCAUUAGAGCUGUCAUUACGCCUAAUUACAUUUUAUUUAAGUUAAUUUCCCAACUGUUGAACUGAUAGUCAAAAAGUCCAACGUUAGUUCUAACUUUAUCCUAAUAGUCUUACCACGUCUAAAACACACAUUGUUUUACAUUAGAGUCAGACCUGAAUGUCAGAAACCAGUGAGUUAUUUUGUA